AUGGGCACCAGGGUUUACGCGUUCACUUACGCGGGCAAGCCGCUGUUCACCAAUUGCCCUGAAGGCGAGCAAUCCCUCGCGUUCUACGGCGUUUUGUGCGCGGUUGCCUCGAAGGUGUCCACGCUACUGUCUGAGUACACCUGCAAGGAUGAGUUGCGGUACAUCAGCGCCGGCGACGAGCACUUCGUCUACCUGGACCGCGGCCCUCUGUGCUACUUCGGGAUAGGACCCAAGGGCGAAUCGCCCCUGAUGGUGUACAAGAUUUUAUCGUACCUGCAUCUCCAGAUCCUAUCGAUUUUGACCCGGGGCGUAGAACGUGUUUUGCUGAAGCGGCCUUCGUACGACGUGCAAAACCUGUUGGGUGGGACGCAGUCAAUCUUGCGAAAUCUGGUGACGAGCAUGGACACUCCCCUCAGCCUGCUUGAAACGCGCGGAUAUGAGGCCCUUCCGCUUCCUGCCGAUACUCGUUCCAAGUUGAGCUCAUUCUUCACUGACUUCAAGAGCCCAAAUGUGCUCUGUUGUUUGAUGGUGGUUUGCCAUAGGGUGGUGGUGGUCACCAUGUCUAAGAGCGUAACCCUCAGUCCCUCAGAUAUCGCAAUCAUAUUAAUCAUGGUGGGAGGUGCCCGCGCGCUGCGCCAGGAGGAGAGUUGGACCCCCAUUUGUCUGCCCGGCUUCAAUGACCACCGCAUAUAG